GCUAUACCUAGCUUUGCCGAUACUUUUCUCUUCAGUAUUCCCGAAUCUCCGUCUUCUUCCCCUUGCCUUCUUCACCAUCUUCCGGGGGAGUUUUCACCGAGCCCCGAGCACCGGCCAAGCAUCUCCCCGCACCGGCAAGCCGUGGAGGGCACUGCACGCAGAGACCUGCAAAUACCUCCCUGUCGGCGCGACACCACUGGGCGAGGGAUUCCGACGGUGACACGAGGAAGAGAAAGGUGAGGGAGACGUCUCCCAGGAUACGAUGGAAGGCUUGUGGAUGGAGUAGCUGAGGAGGCGGGAUGGACGCAUGACAGUGUUCGGAUGUCUUAGGAGUGCCGAGUUCUGAUUUCUAAUUGCCAUGGAUCAACAACGGAAGCACACUAUCUUGAUGGUUUCUGAUUUCUUCUACCCAAACUUUGGUGGUGUGGAAAGCCAUAUCUAUUAUCUAUCUCAAUGCUUGCUUAAGCUUGGCCACAAGGUGGUGGUUAUGACACAUUCAUAUGGUAAGCGAACUGGAGUACGAUAUGUAACCAAUGGUUUGAAAGUUUAUUAUGUGCCAUGGAGAGCAUUUCUUAUGCAGAAUACAUUACCAACCUUUUAUUUGACACUUCCCAUCAUAAGGACCAUUCUAAUUCGGGAGAGGAUAUCCAUUGUUCACGGGCAUCAGGCCUUUUCAACUCUUUGCCAUGAAGCACUGAUGCAUGCCAGAACCAUGGGUUACAAAGUCGUAUUCACGGAUCAUUCACUAUAUGGUUUUGCUGAUGUUGGAAGCAUUCACAUGAAUAAGGUGUUGCAGUUUACUCUGGCUGACAUUAGUCAAGCUAUAUGUGUUUCUCAUACUAGUAAGGAGAACACAGUUUUGAGAUCUGGGAUAACACCUGACAGGGUCUUCGUGGUGCCUAAUGCUGUGGAUACUGCUAUGUUCACUCCUUCUACUUGUAGACUCAGCUGUGAUGAAAUUGUUAUUGUUGUCAUAAGUAGAUUGGUGUACCGAAAAGGUGCUGACCUCCUUGUCGAGGUCAUUCCAGAAGUUUGCCACCUCUUUUCAAAUGUUCGUUUCAUAGUUGGAGGAGAUGGCCCCAAACGUGUACGGUUAGAAGAGAUGAGGGAGAAGCACUCUCUUCAAGAUAGAGUCGAAAUGUUAGGUGCUGUGCCACAUGCUCGAGUGCGAUCUGUUCUGAUUUCUGGCCAUAUAUUUCUAAAUAGUUCCCUUACAGAAGCUUUUUGCAUAGCUAUUUUGGAAGCUGCUAGCUGCGGUUUGUUAACUGUAAGCACAAGAGUUGGAGGCGUCCCAGAGGUCCUUCCAGAUGACAUGGUUGUGCUUUCAGAACCUGAUCCCGGUGAUAUGGUCCAUGCUAUUAGAAAAGCUAUCGUUAUGCUUCCAAGUAUUGAUCCAUAUGCUAUGCACCAACGUAUGAAGAAGCUUUAUAGUUGGCAUGAUGUGGCCAAAAGGACAGAGAUUGUCUAUGAUCGUGCUUUACAGUCAUCUGAUGAAAAUCUGUUGCGGCGCCUGCCACGAUACUUAAAAUGCGGGAGUUGGGCAGGCAAGAUGUUUUGCUUGGUUAUGAUUGUCAAUUUUCUGCUAUGGUGCCUCUUGGAUUUGUGGCAGCCUGUUGAAAGCAUCGAAGAGGUUCCUGACCUGGUGUUUAUUCGCAAUGAGCACGAAGAUGUUGUGCAUGACUCGAUUUAAACUUAGCAUUAAGGUGGACUCUACAAGAACUUGGUGCAGUUUGCAAGUGGCCAGCAUACUUAAGGUAUCAAGUUUUUUUUUUAUUUAAAGUGAGGUAGAAACCCUUCUGUAGAUUGUUGUUAUAGGAAAUCAUUCAGUUUUAUUAUCGGGUCACCUAGCUAAUUGGAGAAAACAAAAUAUUUUAUGUAGUUCAUUUUAGAUAAUGGACAAUUACAGAUUCUGUUGUUUUACAUUUGGUAUCAUAGUUUGGUUGUUGAUUUGCUCAAUUCGCUA